AUGAGAUCGGACGACGAUGAGGCGGAAACCGGCCGUCAGGCGCCAAAUGAGGGCCUCAAGAACGAGAAUAUAUCGUCAGGCAGUGAAAAUCCCGUCCAAACGAUUGAUACAGACCUUCAUGACUCAGAAAAGGAGAAUACUCAUGAAAACCAAAAUCACAGCCAGCAUGCCGCGGUCAUACCCACUAUAGCCUAUCAGAGCGACAACGAUGAAAAGUCUCUCGAAAACAUCGUGGAGAUCAAGAGGGAAACACCUUGCAACUGCCACAUGUCUAUCGAAAAUGCCGCAGAGAACGCCACAGGCCAGGAACAAGAGGACGACACUGCCGGGAACACCUCGAAAACGGAGAAGUCUCAAGAUUCAGAUGGCACACAGCAUAUCCGUGGGACACAAAAGAGAAAAGCUCAAUCUAAAAAGUCUCUUAAACAGUCACGCGCCGCACUGAGAUCUUUGCCAUUCCACAGCAGUCACAGGAAGGUUCCUGCCAACGAUAGCGGCAGUGAAUCAGAAGAACAAUAUGGCACGAGACCCCAAAGAGUUGACAAUGCGUCCUUAUGGGCCCAGCACGUGGUCAGCGAAGUGAUGCCAGAGGAUGUCGACGAUAAGUCGCCAUCAAGGCUAGAAUGGCUGAGACAAAAACGUGAAGACGACGAAAGGAACCCAUACCUUGAUCGAAUCAUGUCUAUGGUUGGUCUGGAGAACAUGAAGGCUCAUUUUCUUGCUGUCAAGGCCAGAGUCAAGGAGAGUCAGGUAGAUGACCCUUGUCUAGCGAAGUUCCGCCUGGCGAAGUUGCGACUUCAUCUAGUUCUCCAUGGGAAGGAUGGGACAGGCAAGAAAUCCAUAGCCAAACUCUACGCACGAUUCCUCCAUUCCAUAGGAGCUGUGAACGGUCGAAAUUUUUUCAGAACAUCCGACCCGGAGUACAGACCCGCCUACCAUAUGUCCAUGGCACGCAAGCGCCCCAGAUUACGCAAGUCUCCGACAAUUGUGUUUUACGACGAGAACAUGGAGAAUGGAGAUUCCUCAGACAGCAGCGACUCUGAUUCGUACGAUAGUGAUAGUAGCGACUCUCGUGGUGCCUCCCGUGCCCAAAGAUCGCGUAUUGUCAAGAGUCUUUUGGAGACUGCGGCGGUGUCUACUUUGAUUAUCUCGACGCGAAACAAGUCUCUACUUGAAUCUAUGGAAGACAAUGAGAAGGCCUUAGAGGCUUUCCAAAGCCCAUUAGUUCUUCCAGACUACAAUGAAGAGGAGCUGAUGCUGAUCGCUUUGCGCAUGAUACAGAAAAGGGGCAUGUUAAUCGAAGGGGGGUCCGAAGACCCUGGCCUCUGUGCCUUGGUACGACGAGUGGCCCGCAAGCGGAAUUCGACUUCAUUCUCAAACGUUCAUCACCUCGAGAAAGAACUCAAUGAUGUGCGCAGAAGGAAAGCUCUCCGACUGCAACAAGCACACGCCCAAUGGUUUACACAGGGUUCGACUGGAAGUCCUCUCACAGGGUAUCUUCCGGGCCAACCUAGGCAGAAUGAGAGAGAGACCGACGACCAGAAAAGCCUCUUCACCUCAGCUGAUUUCCUGGGCCCGGAUCCGAAAGAUCUGAGAAACGAGAACGAGUCGUGGAAGAAGCUUCAGGAUAUGAUUGGGCUGGAAAAGGUCAAGAGAGAAUGUGGCGACAUCAUCGACUUUGCCCAGACCAACUACCGCCGUGAGCUUCUAGGGAUGAGGCCCAUUGAGAUUGGCCUCAACAGGCUAUUUCUUGGACCUCCUGGAGUAGGCAAAACGACUGUCGCGCAGCUAUACGGCCAGAUUGUCACUGACCUUGGGCUCGUUUCCGGAAAGGAGAUUAUGUUGAGAAACCCAUCUCACUUGAUCGGCGAAUACAUAGGAGAAUCUGAAAGGAUGACCAAGGACAUUCUUGAGGAAGCUGAAGGCAACGUGUUGAUUAUCGACGAUGCACACAUGCUUUAUCCUGGCGAACAAGACGCUGGCCACAAGACAGAUAUUUAUCGAAUCGCCGUCCUCGAUACCAUCGUCGCGAAUGUUUCGGCGAAACCAGAGGAUAGAUGCAUCAUACUUGUAGGUUACGAGUCUCAGAUGAUACAGCUAUUCAACAACGGUAAUCCUGGGCUCCAGAGACGAUUUCCCAAGGAGACUGCGCUGCGCUUCGACACGUACAGCGAGGAUGAACUGUGCGGGAUCAUGGAUCUGAAAGUGGUUGAAUCUGGCCUCGACAUGACAAGGGAUGCUGCAGCAGUGUCUCGACAAGUCUUGAGUCGUAUGCGCAUUAACCCGAAAUUCGGGAAUGCGGGAGAUGUUGAGAAUCUACUUUACCAAGCGAAAGUCCGGAUCAAUGCUCGAAUCAGAUUCGCAGACCACAAAUCAGAAUCUUUACAAUUUGCCAUAGAGCCUGGCGACAUAGACCCGGAUUGGGACCGGGCAUUGCAAGCUGACGGAAAUCGUGCCAAGCUCUUUGAAGGUUUCGUCGGAUUUCAAAAGAUCAUUGAGCAGUUCGAAGGCUACAAGAACCUAGUCGACGGUAUGCGACUUUGGGACAUUGAUCCCAGACCCCAUGUCCCAUGGGCCUUCGUCUUCAAGGGUCCACCAGGUACGGGGAAAACGGCGACUGCUCGGAAAGUAGGGCGCUUAUACUUCGACAUGGGCCUGCUAUCCACAGACGAGGUCGUGGUCUGUUCAGUCAGUGAUCUUGUUGGAAAGUACUUUGAGGGGGCCGCGUCGAAAGUUCGCAGCACCCUUGAGACUGGUCUUGGCAAGGUCUUGUUCAUUGACGAAGCAUAUCGCCUGGCAAACGGUUCCGUAUUACAUGCAGAGGCUAUCGGCGAGCUAGUCGACGCAAUGACCCAGUUGCGCUAUCGAAAUAACAUGGUCAUCAUACUGGCCGGAUACACCGCUGAGAUGGAAUACCUUUUACGAAUCAAUCCUGGAUUGCGUAGUAGAUUCCCGGAACACAUCACAUUCCAAGCCAUGAACUCUCACGCGUGUCUCAAGCAUCUGAGGCAAGAGGUCCAGAAGAUCAAGAUCGACAUCGUGGUAGUGAAAGGUUCAAACGGUGAGAGGCUGGAGACAGUCUACCGUCUAUUCAGAAAGCUCGGCCAAACGAGAGGAUGGGCUAGUGGCCGUGACGUUGAGACUCUUGCUAAAACCCUCAUCGGCAAUGCGUAUAAGCGGGCGGGAAGGACAGAGAAGAGAAUGAACACGGGCUCGCUGCAAGUCACUCUAGACGAACUUAUCGAAGCUCAGAAGGGGAUGCUGGCGGAGCGUUUAGGACGAGGAGGCGACGAGGCGGAGGAUUAG